AUGGGCGGCACAUGGAAAGAGGACCAGAAAAAUGGAGCAAUAACUACUAAAAGUGCUACUGCUGCACAAGGCGGAGAGAAAGAGGAAGCGGUAGUGCGUCUGACAGCGGAGCCGGCCGAUUGUGUCGUGGCGGCGGGCGAACGCGCCGUGCUCAGCUGCGCCGCUGUCUCGCCCGCCCGCGUAUCCUGGCGGUACAGCGUACAGCACGCGCCCACGCGCGACCACACGCUGCCCCACACCGACACGUAUAGAAAACAGGCUGCGAACGGAUCUCUGGUGCUGGAGAGCAUGUCGGCGGCACUAGCGGGACAGUACCAGUGCGUGGCCGCCCUCGAAGGGGUCGGCGUCGUCGUGUCCCGGGUCGCCACGGUGCACCUCGCCGAAGUGCCGGAACUGGUGGAGGUGGGAGGCGUGGUGGCCACGGUGGAGGGUGGCGUGGCGUUGCUGUCGUGCGGGCUGCGGCCGCCUCCUCGUCUAGCGCUGCGCGUGCUGCCGCCGCCUGGAGUGCCCGCCGCCGCCGACCGCCGAGUCUACGGAGCCGCCCGUCUACACGCGCACCCGCCGCUCCUCAGGCUCAACGUGACGUGGUUGAAGAACGGCGUGCCGGUACGCAUGGAGGCGGCGCGGGUGUCUCUGACGCCGAGCGGAGCGCUCGAGAUCGACCCUGUGAAGCCGCACGACGCCGCGCUGUAUCGAUGUCGUGUCUCGUUGCAGACGCCGCGUGACGCCGCCGCUCGCACGGGCAGCGAGAUCGAGCUGCGGGUGAAUACGGAAAUCGCUAAUCUGGAGGCGGCGCCGCGCUUCAUCGCCACGCCGCAACCCGUCACAGUAAUGGAAGGUGCGUCGGUGACGUUGGAGUGUGCGGCGGUGGGCAACCCCAAGCCCCAAGUGACGUGGCUCAGUAACGGCGUCGCCAUAGACCUCAACGACCUAGAUUCGAGGCUGUACUUAGUGGGGGCCGGAUCUCUGCGGGUUCAGUCGGCGAGGGUGCCGGACGCUGGCGUUUACACCUGCCGAGCCACCAACCGCCUGGACUCCGCCGACCACUCCACCCAUCUAUACGUUUUGAGCAUGCCACGCGUUAUGCUGUCCGAAGGUGGCGUGGUGCGCGCGCGACGGCGAGGCGACUCCCGCCUGGGUUGCGAAGUCAAAGGCCGGCCGCCGCCCCGCGUCACCUGGCUCAAGGACGGGGAGCCCCUCUCGCCGCACAACCACGACAUCGCCCUCGUCGACGGGACGUCGCUGCGCAUCCAGGGCGUGUUGCCGGUGGACGCGGGCAUGUUCCAGUGCUUCGCGACUUCGUCCGCCGGAUCCGCCACCGCCGCCCUGCGCCUCGUCGUGCUGCCGCCCCAUCACGUCCCCGAUCCCCCGACCGGCCUCGAGGACCUCCAGAGCGUGGAGGAGGACCCGGAGAUGGAGCUGGGAGAGACUUCGUCCGCGUACACUCCGCGCCCCUCCGACUACGACGACUCUAAUGCUAUAAACGAUAUUUCAUUUCACGCCGACGAAGGAUCGGACAGCGACGUCGAGGGAAACGCGACCGCGGUCUCGGCGCCUCACAACUUGAGGCCGGUCAUCGUGAAGCACAGGUUCGUCACGCUCAGCUGGGAGGAGCCCGAGCACAAGUCGGAGGACAUCACCGGCUACGCCGUCUUCUACAAAGUCAAGGGCAGCGAGCGCGAGCGCGUGUCUCGCGGCGGAGCGUCCCGGCACGAGGCCAACGUCGGGUCGCUGCAGCCGAACACCACGUACGUCAUCACGGCGCGCGCCUACACGUCCAGCGCCGCCUCGCCACUCACGCCCGCCGUGGAGGUGACGACCCCGGCGGAAGAGGUAUCGUUCGGGCCGCCCGAGGACGUGCGGGCGGAAGCGACGGGGCCUCAUUCGGCCCGCGUCACCUGGUCGCCGCCGCCCGCGCCCACGCGGCCCGCCAAGUACGCCGUCUACUUCACCGAGGUGGAGAGCGGUCGCGAGCAGAGCGUGUGGUGCGCCGCGUCGCCGUGCCCGCUGGAGGGCCUACGAGCGGCGAGCCAGUACCGCGUGCGCGUGAGUGCGGCCGGAGGCGCCGCGUCGUCCGAGCGCACGCUACGGACGUGGGCGGCUCCGCCCGCAGCCCCUCCCGUCAACGUCACCGCCCUGCCCGCCACGCACACGUCGAUCCAGGUGAGGUGGGAGGCUCCGCCCGCGCGCACGCACGGCGGUCCCCUCACCGGCUACAAGAUCCGCUUCCGCCUGGCCGGGGGCGGAGGGACGGCGGGCGGCGGCGCCGCGGGGGGCAGGCGCCGAGCCGAUUCGCUCACGACGCCGGCCGACGCUCGUCGAGCGGACCUCGCCGACCUGGAGCCCGGCGCCACUUAUCAGAUUCGAAUAUGCGCAAUAAAUGCGAACGGGUCCGGCCCCUUCAGCGACUGGGUGUCGGCGACGACGGCCGGCGCCGAGCGGGCCGACACUGCGGUGCCCGACUUGCCGCCUUCGCUGACCGCGCGCGCGGGCCGAGAUUGGAUCUCGGUGUGGUGGGGCGGCGCCGGGGGAGGCGGAGCGAGGGGCUGGUGGUUGGGCUGGGGGUUGGGCGUGCCGGACGAGCGCUCGCGGGAACUGCCCAUUCACCGCACGUCAUACGUCAUACGCGGACUCGAGCCGAAUUCCGAAUACGUGAUAUCGUUGCGCGCCAGCAACGCGCUGGGUCUCGGACCGGCCGUCUACGCCACCGUGCGGACGCGGAGCGCUCGACCCGACGACGACUCGGACGGCCCGGACGAACCGGACGAGCCGGACGACCCGGACGAUCCCGAGGACCCGGACGAGGCCGACGACACCCCGCCGCUCAUUCCGCCCGUCGGACUCAAGGUGAUCAUGUUGAGCGGGACCACGGCCGUGGUGUACUGGACGGACCCGACGCUGCCCAAAGGACAGCCGGCGACGGACGGCCGGCGCUACGUGGUGCGCUGGGCCAGCGCGGGCGGAGGCCGGCCCCGGACCUACAACGUCACCGACCUCAACUGCAUGCUGGACGACUUGCGGCCCUUCACCACCUACGAGUUCGCCGUCAAGCUCAUUAAGGGAGGGCGGGAGUCGGCGUGGUCCAUGCUGGCGAGCAACACGACGCUGGAGGCGGCGCCAGGAGGGGCCCCGCGGGACCUGCGAGUGGCACCCGCCGCGCCCGCCUCCCGCGCAGCCGACCUGGUCUGGACUUCACCCACCCGCCCCAACGGCCGAAUCACCGGCUACGUCAUCAUGUACGCGCCGCAGCGGGGCCCGGAGAGCGGGGCCGCCGAGGAGUGGACGGCGGUGGCGGCGGCCGGCGAGCGCGCCAGGGCCCGCGUCGAUCGUCUGCGCCCGCGCACCACCUACGCUUUCAAGAUUCAGGCGCGCAAUGGCAAGGGGCUCGGCCCCUUCAGCCCCGUCGUCGUCUACACGACCGGCCCGGAGACGGGCGAGGGAGCCGGCCUGGCUUCGGCGACGUCGGCAUGGCUCUGGGCGAGCGCCGGAGGCGCUUGCGCCGUGUUGGCGCUGGCUGCCGCCCUGGCGCUGUCGCUGUGCUGCCGCCGACCGCACCCGCCGCUGUCUCCCGACACCAGCACCUACCAGAAGGCGUCGGCGUCCGCGGGCAUCAAGCCGCCCGACCUGUGGAUCCACCACGACCAGAUGGAGCUGAAGCACAUCGACAAGAGCCUCCACAGCUCCGCCAGUAAGAUCUCGGCGGGCAGCGUGGACGGCGGCGUCGGCACGCUGGGCCGCGCUCCUCCCGUCGAGUACGAGCCCGCUCGACACGCUCCCGCGCCCGCUUCGCUGGACCGCCGCUACGUGCCCACCUACGUCGAGUCGUCGUCGUCGUGCGCGGGCAGCGCUGACACGUGUCCGCUGGCGUCGAGCUCGCCGUGCGCGCGCUGCGACCUCCCCCUCCCGGACUAUUCGCCACACACCUAUUUAGGUCUAUUUUAUUUUUCGUUCCCUCGUUUCACCUACAAAGUCUGCUUCCACGUAGAGUAG